GGAUGACCUAUUGUCUGUCCCUGUGGGUACGUAAGGAGGAGUAUAGCAGUGCGUUUUAGUUGGUUUCAAACAAUUAAAUGCAGUAAGGUCCUAUCCAUUCUGUCUCUAAUUAUAUCGUGUUUCUCAGAAGCAAAUUAAUACCGUUUCAAAAAAAGGGUUUCCGUUUGUCUGCUAUCUUUCACAAAGAAAAAUGAUGCUGCCCUCUGCGUUAGGCUUAUUGCUAGUUCUUUCUCUUCGCAAGGAAGUUUGCUUCGCGUUGCGACUGCGUCAAGAAGUGGCGGCGCCCUGGGACGAGCAGCACAGAAGAACCGAACAAAGCGAGGGCAGCGACCACGAGAUGGCCAUUCGCCGGCAAAAUUACAUCCGAGACACUGCUACUGAGGAUUACGAAGCGAAGCUGAAAGCGAUUCAAAGUGACUAUCGCAGUGUGAAAGCCAGAAGAACCACAUUGGUGCUUCGCGCAGAAGGCGUUCGCGAUGCGGCAAGAAGACCACUUGUUCGAGAGACUUGGCUAUCUUCGCAACUCGAGUUGUGCCGGAACACGAUGGAGGCAUCCUGCACAAAAGCGGAAGACGCCAUCUUGCGCUGGGGUGUUGCUUCUGUGGCUGGGACGCUCGUAGCGCGCACCGUACCCGCCGUCUACCAACUGCCGGCUGUCGCACGCCUCUGUCUUGGACUCGGAGCGGCUGCUACGACGAUAUGGGGACUUCCUUGCCGCAGGCACACGCCACAACUUUCCCCCGAAGCAAGCUAUGCGGAGUAUGUGUGUCGGCAGCAUCAGCUCUUAAAUGAGCUGGACCAGAUCGCUGAGCAUGUGGGGAUCGAACUGGAGCCAACGAUAGAGGCGAUUGAGGCGGGUCUGCGGGACGAGACUGAAGCCCUGCGGAUUGUGCGAGGAUCGGCGCAAGCACCGCCGCUUGCGCGAUUGCGGCGUGUGAUGGCGGCACCGCACGAGAACGUGCCGGGCCGUAUUCAAAAUGCAGUACUAAACGACGCGAUGCCUGAGAGUUGGGAGAUACGCCUAAGUCAAUUAGCCUUUGCGCUCGACGCUUUCAAGAUUCAAAUUGACGAAGCAGAGACACAAUUAGAACGGCUUGAUGCGGUGGGGCGACGGCCCGAAGAUCACUUUCCUGUUGCCGUGUUGCGCUCAUCUGUUUAUUAAAGUUGCUUGGAGACGGCCCAUGCUCUCCUCGUGAAAAAUGAAAAGUACCAUGAACAAGCUUGAUCCGAUCACGGUGUUUACUUGCUGCGAUAUGAAGCGUGCCCCUAAAAUACAGUAGGAAUUUAAGUUAUCGCUGAAACUCAUGCGUGUAUUGAUGGCAGAGAGAUCACUCUGCUCGCUUACGAAAAGUUUGUCUGACAAUCCGUAGGUGAGUGCUGCAAAAUUUGUGACUCUGUGUAAGGGAUGCCCACUCUACUUGCGAGUGAAUUUUUGGUGAAUUUUUUUAUGCUUUUUGAUCUACGUAUUUUGUGGUCCCGAAGCCUACGUUUCGUUAACAAAGUCUGGGGUAUCAAAUCUAGCCACAAUGCCUCAAUAGCGGAGAACAUGCCCACACCAAAAAAAUGAGUAUAGUUGGACCUCUUGUUUUCGAACCAAAUGGUUUCCAUGUUGGCCUCUCGUCUGGCGUAGUUAUAAUAAAUUGUUGCGAAAAGCACCUUGCGAACCAUGCGAAUUCUGCAUGGUGUGGUUGCAGCCGCUACAGCUCAUUCUCGCUCACCUUCUUCCGAGUUUCAUGUUGGAGAAGAGUUAUUGGUUAUUUUGAUGGAAAUUGGUGAUCGUGAAAGGCAACAAAGUUCCUGUCUGUGAUACGCAACUAGCACCGGAGAGUAUCGUAUGCAGCUGCUGUGCUUCCACUACGUCUGCGAAUAACGGCUAGCAAUUUGUUCCUGAUGAAACUGAGUUUGUAUGACGCAGGUUGCGUUGUUUCCUCACUGAACACCUUGCGAGAUGCGUCGCUAUAAAAUUUUGUAGGCCCAG